AUGCACUUCUCUGCCGGUAUCAGUCUUGCAGUUCUUUCAGCAGUGUUGACGCCUGCUGCAGCGUGGGAAGCGACACUCUACACGGAUUCUAUCUGCCUUGCAAAGGGAAACACACAGUACCGUAUCAUCUCGGGUGGUGUCGACGGUGGAUGCAAUGUCCUAGGCAAGGACAUGCCAGGCACCUCGUGUGAUAAGUUCACAAACGGAGGUGCUGAUAAAGGAGCUUGUGAUGGCGAGAAGUUCCAGCCCUCGUCUAUUCUUGUUCAGCCAGACACAGCCUGCAUCGUCUAUGCCGAUGAUCAUUGUGGGGUUGGUGGUGAGCUGGCCUACCCUAAAAACAACAUACCAACUUGCUUGGGCUAUACCGCCGGGAUUGGUUUCGGUCUUUCGAGCAUCAAAUCAUUUGCAUGCACUGCUUCUUCCAACCUUAAGGGCUCGGGAAUUCCUGGAUUUUAG